AUGACCCCCACCAUCGGUCUCCUGGGCGGAGGCCAACUAGGUCGCAUGCUGUGCGAGUCGGCCGGCCCGCUAGGCUACGACAUCAUCGUCCUAGACACCGGGGACGACACCCCGGCCAAGCGGGCCAAUGCCCGGCCGGACCACAUAUCCGGCUCGUUCAAGGACGCCGACAAGGUGCGCGAGCUGGCGUCCAGGUGCGACGUGCUGACCGUCGAGAUCGAGCACGUAGACACCCACGUGCUCGAGGAGGUGGCCACCAAGGGUGUGCGCACCGCCGACGGCACCGUGAAGAAGGUGCCGGUCCACCCUUCGUGGCGCACCCUGAGGCUCGUGCAAGACAAGUUCCUCCAGAAGGAGCACUUCCAGGCCCGCGGGGUGCCCAUCGCCGAGCAGCUGGAUCUGGGCGCCGACGGCAUCGACGGCGGCAAGCUCGUCGGCAAGCUCAGGGACGCCGCUUCCGAGCUCGGCUUCCCGUUCGUGGUCAAGGCUCGCAAGGGAUCCUACGACGGGAGGGGGAACUUCAAGGUCAGCAGCUCCGAGGACUUUGACCGCGCCAUCGCGGCGCUCAAGGGUCUGCCCCUCUACGCCGAGAAGUGGGUGCCCUUUGUCAAGGAGCUGGCCGUCAUGGUGGUCCGCACCGAGGACGACGAGGGGAACACCAAGAAGGUCUACUCUUACCCCGUCGUCGAGACGGUCCACCAGGAUGACGUGUGCAAGCUCGUCUACAUGCCGCCCCGGGGGGUCGACGAGGCCUCCCGAGCUCGGGCUGGGAAGGUGGCUGAGGAUGUCGUCGAGAGUCUCUGGGGGAGGGGUGUGUUUGCUGUUGAACUGUUUCUCCUCGAGGAUGGCUCCAUCAUGGUCAACGAGGUCGCCCCCCGCCCUCACAACUCAGGUCACUACACCAUGGAGGCCAUCCCCCAGAUGUCGCAGUACAAGGCCCAGCUCCACGCCAUAAUGGACUUGAUCCCUCCGCAGCUGAAGCUCGAACCCCGCUUCCCCAGGGCUGUCAUGCUCAACAUCCUCGGCGGCGCCGUCCCGGAGUCCCACGAUGAUCUGGUCCGCCUCUCGCGCACGGGUUACAUCGACGCCGAGACCGACGUACACCUCCACCUCUACGGGAAGGCGUCCAAACCCGGGCGCAAGAUCGGGCACAUCACUUUCACCUCGUCCAACGACCGUCUCGAGGAAUCCAUCGCCCCCUUCGUCGCGGAGGUGGAUAGGAUGCGUCAGGAGCGCCUGGAUUCUUCGGCUGCGCAGAUGCGUCCCACCGCUACUCCCGCUGCUGCUGCUGCUGCUGCUGCUGAUCCUUCCUCUCCUUCGACGUCGCGUGAUCGUGAUGCCCCCCUUGUCAUGGUGACGAUGGGGUCGGACUCAGACCUCCCCGUCCUUUCGGCCGGUCUGGACAUUCUAGAAAAGUUUGGCGUCCCCUAUGACUGCACCAUCACGUCUGCUCACCGCACGCCGGGACGCAUGGCCGAGCUGGCGCACGGCGCCGCCGCGAGGGGCAUCAAGGUCCUCAUUGCCGCUGCCGGGGGCGCUGCCCAUCUCCCCGGUAUGCUGGCAUCGGAGACCACCGUGCCUGUCAUCGGUGUGCCCAUCAAGGCUACCCAUCUCGACGGAAAAGAUAGUCUGCUCAGCAUUGUUCAGAUGCCGAGAGGCAUCCCCGUCGCUACCGUCGGCAUCAACAACUCAACUAAUGCAGCCCUGCUGGCCGUCCGCAUGCUGGGAUCCCACAUCCCAGACUACCAGAAGAAGAUGGCAGACUACCAGGAGACCAUGAAGGUCGAGGUCGAGGCUAAGGCUGCCAGGCUCGAGGAUAUAGGCUAUAAGGCUUACCUCGAGAAGAAGUAA